AUGGCUGCUUCCGCUGCUGAACCCUGGCCACAAGCAUUUCAGACAGGCGCCAACCCUCACGGUCGCAAGACCUUGCGACCCUUUCGCCUCAGGGAAGGAGAUGCCUUGACAUAUGAGGUGAAGACAGUGCUCGACCUUGACAUGGCCCUGAAGCUCGCGAGGACCAGCUGCAUGCUGAACCAAAGGUGGACAGCGAGUCAUCGUCAGCUGAUGGAUUUAGGCCACGUGGAGGGCUUGUUGACGAACAUCACCGAGGAGAAGUCUGAUACUGUGACGCUUCAGCGCUUGAGGGACAUCGUGAAGGCAGUCCGAACCGCCAAGGACAACUGCUACAAGUCUCUGGCGGCAUGGGGCAGUGUGCGCACCAUCAGCUUCGGAAGAGCAAAUGUGUCGGGCACAUCCCGCCAGCGGGAUCUUUCAGCCAGCUCGCGUGGAACCACACGCUCACACGACUCAGGUGCGCGCAGCUCCGCCCACAGCACCGCAGAUGCUGACACAGACUGGCGGCGGCGUUGA